AUGUCAAGUAAAUUUGCAAAGUUGGAAAAGUUCGAAGGUCAAGACUUUAGGAGAUGGAGAAAGAAGAUGCACUUUCUACUUACAACUUUGAAGGUCGCUUAUGUGCUCUCUACUCUGUUUCCAGAAGAGGUGGAGAAUGAACCAAUUGAUCAAACCAGGAAAAGACUCAGGUGGGAAAAUGACGAUUAUAUUUGUCGCGGUCACAUACUCAACGAAAUGUCGAAUGCACUGUUUGAUUUCUACCAAAACACAGAAUCGGCAAAGCAACGUUGGGAUUCACUCGAAUCUAAAUAUAUGGCCGAAGACGCUUCAAGUAAGAAAUUUCUUGUGAGCAAUUUCUUUAAUUAUAAAAUAGUAGAUUCUAGGCCUAUUAUGGAGCAGUAUAAUGAGUUGUUACACAUUUUGGGUCAAUUUUCACAACCCGAUAUGAACAUGGAUGAGUCGAUUGUUGUUUCUACAAUAAUUGACAAAUUUCCACCUUUGUGGAAAGAUUUUAAACAUACCCUAAAACUGGAAGAGUUAUCUUUGGUUCAAUUGGGUCAUAUCCGUAUUGAGGAGUCACUUCGGGUUCAAGAAGAUGACAAAACCAAAGGAAAAACUCAAGCAUCAUCAUCUGUUAAUGUUGUUGAACAUGAUGGGAAACCCGGGAAGUUUAACAAAUUCAAAAAUUAG